CACACAGCACCCCAUGGGGAAAAGACGCGGACGGACAUUAUGGGGAAAUGUCCAAAUACUUCCUAUUGUCCGACUUAUUCGCCCGACCAUAAUCAUCAGCAUCAUCAUCAUCAUUAGCAGCAGCAGCAGCAGCACACUCACGUAGCAUUUAUGAUUAGUUGCUGCAUGAAUUAUAACCUCUUUUCCGUCACCGGUCCGGGGUAUAUUGCCUUUCUUUUCACCUUUCUCUCUUUAUUUUCGCUUUCUUUUUUCCCUGAGAAAGUCGCUAUCUCUACUGCAACAUUACUUCUCCUGACUCUUUUAUACAGUAGCGAAGUAUGACUACCAGUAACUACAGCAACCCUAUUAUUUCGGGAUUCAACCCAGAUCCUUCUAUUUGUCGUGUUGGUAACGACUUCUACCUGGUGACUAGCACCUUCCAGUUUUUCCCGGGCGUACCCAUCUACCAUUCGCAAGACCUGGCGAAUUGGACUCAGAUU